GCCCAAACAUCGAAACUUUCUACUAACCCUAAAAGGAUCCCUCCCUCUCACACACUCUCUCUCUUACUCAGCUCGAGCCCGCGAUGAAGUCCCAUUGAGGUUUGUUGGAAAAUAACUGUUCAUUAAAUUCUCGAUCCGAUUUAAGAACCCCGGUGUCGCUGAUUUGAACUAAAUGUGUCUCGUGCUCUCGGUUCUUGUAAAGAUCUUAGUUUUCUUGGUUUAUAUCUCGACAUCGCCAACCGAAGUUACUUUGCUUAUUGGUGAAAUUUGGUCAAUACGUUUGAAGGCCUGAAGCUGAGACGACAUUAGUGAAGUAGCUGAUAUACAUGAUUUAUCCCCAGUCAAUCACUUGAUGGGCCAAGGAGUGAUGAGCAGUUCCUUUUAUUUAUUAAAAGUUGGACCAGCAAAUCUCAACAGAAAGUGCAUAUGUUAUACUCACAAGCUUUGUCCAUAAAGAUGAACAUGCAUGAUGCUCCAAACUUUGUCCAUACGUCUAACCAGGCUUCUAAGCAUGUACGACCAGAGAUGCUAUAGUCAAUGCUCAAGCACCUAUCAAGGGCUAAACCUGUUCUAGUGAGGCUGGAAUCCUUGAUAAUGAAAAACAUCAUAUUAAGACAAUGUUCUGCAUAUACUGAGUGAGUGGGGCAUCCCUUAUGGAAGUUAUUAAUGAUCGAUAAAUAUAGUGAAAAGAGAUUGGUUACUAGAAGUGUCAUGCCUUCAGGUGACAAACAUCAUCCUCUUUUUGUUAAGAAAGUGGCUUUAAGGGAGUUGCCUAAUGAAUCUAGGAAUAUUAACAACAAGCCACCUAUAAAGUCUCUUCCCAAAGAGUCUGUGAAGCAACUCACCCCCGAUUCUAGGAAGGUGGCUGGGAUUAAGAGGCAGCAACCUGAUGCUCCACCCAGUCCUUCCAGUUAUCAGCCCCAAGGGAAAAUUUCUCCACUUGCAAAUAUUGUUUAUACUCGUAGAAAGCUCGAAACAGAACAAGGCAAGAUGGGUGAUUUUGUCAAUAUCAAUCAUGCUGAAUCUCCAGAAUCAAGGAAGCUUAGCAACAACUGCAUAAAAAUACCAAAUAUGCCGAAAAAUUUGAUUCAGGAAGCUAAGACGAGUUAUCCAUCACAUGUUUCUGAUGCAGUUACUUCCUUGGCUGCCUCAUCUGUGGGACUAUCAUUUCCCCAUGUUCAUGGGAAACCCAUCUCUAGAUUAACAGGUCCAGAACCACUAGAUUCAGUGUCUGCUGCUGGGUGUUCUUUCACUGCUGACCCUCAAAAAGUGAAUAAUGAAGGUUGGAAAGACAGGUUCCUUAGGCUGCAGAUGUUCCUAAAGACCUGUGAUCAGGCAAACCAGGAAGAUUAUAUACAAAUGCUUCGAUCUCUAUCUGCCGUUGGCCGAAGUAGGCAUGCUGUGGAACUGGAGAAAAGAGCAAUACAUCUGUUGUUGGAGGAAGGCAAGGAGUUGCAACGUAUGAAAGUUCUUAAUGUUUUGGGUACACCUUCAAAUGAUCAUGCAUCCACUCCAAGUCAGGCACCCUUUUCUCUUGCAAGCAGAGCUCCAGAAUCAUAAAUACUUGUUAGAGUGUGUAAGAGAACAUAUUGUUUUAAGGAAUUUUUGUACUUGUUUUCUGCUUUAGUUUAGAUUACCUUAAUUCACGUGUCUCUCAGGAGUAACAUGUAAAGGUUUAUUAUUAUCGGAUGAUGUUUUAUUUGUAUGAUCUUUAAAUGAACAAAUUAUUGGUUGCCAAAAUCA